GCUGGGUCAAUGGAGCUGAUGAGUUGCAUACACAACUAGAUUAUCUGCUGGAGGAAAACUUUAUCCGCCCAUCCACAUCACCCUACGCCGCGUCGAUUCUCUUCAACCCAAAGAAAGACAGAGGCCUAUGGACAAGUACCAAUUAUCGAGCGCUCAACAACAUCACUAUAAAUUCCGUUACCCGAUUCCGCGAGCCCGACGAUCUCAUCGACCAACUUCGCGGGGCCAGGAUUUUUUCCAAGAUUGAUCUACAAGGAGGUUACCAUCAGAUUCGUGUCGCUGAAGCUGAUAUUCCGAAGACUGCUUUUCGAACCCGUUAUGGAAGUUACGAGUAUACACUGAUGCCGUUUGGGGCUGACGAACGCACCCUCCACUUUUCAACUAACCAUAAACAAAGUCUUCCCGCUCGCUACUGGACAAGUGCGUCAUCGUCUACCUGGGAUGACAUCCUGGUGUACAGCACCUCGCGGGAACAACAUUUGAUGGACCUGGAAGCAAAUUUUACCCCUCUGCAAUCAACACUGACUCAUUACCAAGGGCUCUAAUUGCGAGUUCUUAAAAGAGGAGUUGGAAU